AUGAUUAAUAAAUGCCUCAAAUAUUUUUAUAUAAAGCAACACACUUUAAUUUCAAUUGAAGGUAAUAUAGGAUCAGGUAAAAGUACACUUCUCAAAUUAAUGUAACAGAAAUACCCUUAAGUAAGUUAUCUAAACAUAUUUUAAGAUGCAUUAUUUACCUGAACCAGUUAAUGAAUGGUAAUAGAUUAAUGGAAAUCCAAAACUCAAUUUACUAGGAUCUUUUUAUUAAGAUCCACAUAGGUGGGCAUACACUAUGCAAAAUUAUGCAUUCUAUAGUAGAUUAAAACAUUGGAAAACAGUUAUGGCCAAUUUGAAUGAAUCAAUUAUUUUAAGUGAAAGGAGUAUUUAAGCAGAUAAAGAGAUAUUUGCAAAAAAUGGUUAUAUCAAUGGAUUAAUGAAUGAAAUGGAAUUUGCAAUCUAUGAAUAAUUUUAUAAUUGGUUGGUUCAAGAAGUAUUUGGAAAAUAGAUUGCAAAAUAAUUGAUUGUUUAUCUAUAAGUGAAUCCAAAUGUUUGUUUAUAGAGAAUGCUUAAAAGAUCUAGAAAUGAAGAAAAAGUAUAUUAAAUAUACAAUAUUAGAAUUCUAUUUCUAAAGAUUAUUUAGUAUAAAUUCAUUAAAGACAUGAAGAAUGGCUUAUAAAUACAUAAAAUUAGAAUUAGAAAGUUUUAAUUUUAAAUGGAGAUAAAGAAUUUGAAGGGGAUCUUAAAUAACAAUAAAUAAUGUUUGAAUAAAUAAAUCAAUUCUUUUCUGGAUUAGUCUGA